AUGGAUACCCACGAUGCUUUCAAGAACAACGGAAGCUUGGCCAAAGAUGUUCUCGAACAGUAUCUGGAGCUCCAGAAAUUGACGGGGGAUGUCGCGAGGAUCCUCAUUCACGACCUAGAGCCUAUACACAAGAAUGAGUUGCAAAAACAGAUUCAAACCGUUUCGCGCUCUAUUUCGGGGUUGGUCGAGAAACUCAAUUUCGAAAUAAAGAAUCCGAAGGGUAAGUUACGUGCCGUGGUAUCAGCCAUGGGAGAUCGAGAUGUCUUAAUGGAGCGCCAAAAAGAAGCCGAAAAGCUCUAUGCUUCUAUUGAUAGCGUAAGGAGUGAAUUGCACGUGGUGGGAGAGACACGCAGACAAGGAUCGCGCGUAGUUGGUGAGAUACGCUUACAUGGACCGGUAGGCGACGUGUUCAGGCCCAGCUUCGCAGUUGAAUUCAACUCUCCUACAGUGCUCGUUGAUUUGGAUUCUGCCCGCGGCGGCAUUGUUCCUGACACGGUAGAGAGAAGGUUAAAGGCCGCUGUUCUGAGUAACGGAACAACUUUGCAUGUAGGGGCCACUGCAGUUGGACAAGCCGGCGUCGGAAAAACAUGUGCCCUACGAGCAAUUGCACAUGAUAGAGAGAUUGUCACGCGCUUUCCAGACGGAGUGUAUUUUUCAACUCUAGGGCAAGACGCAAGAGAAGCAGAGCUGAAGCAACAACUCUGCAAUGCUGUCCGCAUGUCUGGGGGACGUGAAGAAGGGGACAAGCUGUCGAAUAUGGCCGAGUUGGACGAGGUGCUAACAGGGGUUCAAGGUUGGUUUGCAGAUCGUCGAUGCUUGUUCAUCUUCGAUGAUGUAUGGUCGCGCAACAACAAUGACGAGAGGAUCCUACUAAAACUCUCCAGCCUUGCCAGCACAGCGGUGCGAAAGGGUGAGCCAGCAAGCAGGGUUUUGUACUCCACAAGAGAUCGGACGCUAACAGAUCUGGGCGAGCAAGUUAAGUUUGAGCCGAGAGACGGGCGUAAUGCGUACGACAUGCUGAUUCAUGCGAGUGGGGCAUCGCGUGGUGAAGCAGAAGAUCCAAUAUCGAGAGAGGCGAUUGGCGAGAUUCUUGACAUGUGUGCAGGACUACCGCUGGCUCUGAAUGUUGCAGGAGUCACUGUUAGACAAUCAAGAGGGGCUCGUGCCGGGGACAGAUCGAAGGUGUGGACGCGAUACCUGAAAAGGGUCAAAGAGAGUAAAGGGAGCGGGGCAAUCGGCGCGCAGAAAGGAAGGGGCGGGUAUGAAUCGCUCCACGCAAUGCUGCGUUCGUCUUUACAGUUUCUGGACUCAAGUGGCAGCGAAGGAUCUCCGUCUUUCGCCGAUAUGCACCGCGCAUUGUGUGUCAUGAAGAAACAGGAUGUGAUUCCUCUGGCAGUGUUGAGGGAUCUAUGGGGGGUGGAUGUUGACAUCGCAGGAAAGUAUGCGACGCAGAUGAACAGUGUGGGGUUGCUUGAAAUUCGAGAUCUGGCGAACACGGAAAGCCAAGGGGUAAGUCUUCAUGAUCUUACGCAUGAUUUCGCAGUCUUCGAAGCAGGCCAGGUAGAAGGCCCUAACUGGGACAAACACUGGUGUCGGAAGCUGGUUGAUAGCUUUCGGAAAGAGAGGGAUGUGGUCGAAGUAGUUAUUGAAGAUCAGGGCCCCGAGGCUAGCGAGGCGGAGGAGGGAUAUUUUUUCGAGAAUAUUUGUCGACUGCUUGUCAAGGCAGAGCUGAUGAAAGAGCUGGGCUGCUUGCUUCAUACUAGUAGGUGGGUAAUCAAGGUGUUGCUAAGAAAAGCUGUGUGGCAACUGGUGGAAGCGGUGGAAGAGUUGAGGGACGUUGCUAGUCAGAACCCAGAAGUGAUUGGCAGUGAGCGGUUGUCUGCAAUAGUUCUGGUGAUGCAAGCUGCGCGACUGAGUGCAUCGUCAUGCGAUGAGAGCGUCGCCGGUAUUUGCUUUCAGCUUUACAGUAGGACAAUGCACAAACGGCACAUGAAGAGCGUGGAGAGUUUCUUGUUGGACAUCGAGAGGUUUGCGCCCAGACCGUGGUUGCUCCCAAUACGUCCAUGUGUUGCUGCAGCUGCGGGGAGGUUGUCGGAGACAUUCGACAUGCCUGGUUCAGAAGUGAAGAAGGUGAUGUUCGAUUCUAACGGUGCGGUCGUUGGAUUGGCGUACGUGUGGUACGGCGGAAGGGAGUUGGAAGUAUUCACGCGUACCAAGCACGGGACAUUUGACAAAACUAUUUGUGGCCCUUUCGGAUCAGAAGACGAAGAGGCCCUGAACCCGACGGAAAGCGAAACACAAACAGCUAGGACGAGUCAAACAGCGGCAGAAGGACGGUAUGCGACACAGAGAUGCGUCUGGAUCAGGACUGUGGGUAAGAUGCUUAGCAAAAAGAUGGCUGCCUGCUCUUGCUUUCGCCGAUCUCUUGAUAAUGACAGUGCCGAUAACGGUACUAAUGCUGACAUGUGUGAUGACGACACGUCACGCGUCACAGCCGCUUGUAUUUCCCAGGACAGCAGCCGUGCUGUUAUUGGAUUCAACAACGGGGAUUUGAUUACUUGGUGCACCAGGAAAAACGAGCUUGUUCUAUCCUUCGAGGGCCAUUCCUCUGGGAUAUGCGAUGUAGUGAUGAGCAGUGACGGGAAACGGGUUGCGUCAGGGUCAUUUGAAGGGACGGUGCGAGUAUGGGACGCUGAGACGGGACGUCAAAUCGGCGACACGAUGACCGGACACACGGGUUGGGUGAGGGCGGUGUCGAUGAGCGGGGACGGGAAACGGGUUGCGUCGGGGUCAGAAGACAAGACGGUGCGAGUAUGGGACGCUGAGACGGGAGUUCAAAUCGGCGACACGAUGACCGGACACACGGAUGAGGUGACGAGUGUGUCGAUGAGCGGGAACGGGAAACGGGUUGCGUCGGGGUCAGGUGACAAGACGGUGCGAGUAUGGAAUGCUGAGACGGGACGUCAAAUCGGCGACACGAUGACCGGACACACGGAUGCGGUAUGGAGUGUGUCGAUGAGCGGGGACGGGAAACGGGUUGCGUCGGGGUCACGUGACGAGACGGUGCGAGUAUGGGACGCUGAGACGGGACGUCAAAUCGGUGACAUGAUGACCGGACACACAGAUUCGGUGGUGAGUUUGUGCAUGAGCGGAAACGGGAAACGAGUUGCGUCAGGGUCACAUGACGAGACGGUGCGAGUGUGGGACUCUGAGACGGGAGUUCAAAUCGGCGACACGAUAACCGGACACACGGAUUGGGUGACGAGUGUGUCGAUGAGCGGGGACGGGAAACGGGUUGCGUCGGGGUCAGCCGACAGGAGGGUGCGAGUAUGGGACGCUGAGACCGGAGGUCAAAUCGGCGAUACGAUGACCGGACACACGGGUUAUGUGACGAGUGUGUCGAUGAGCGGGAACGAGGAACGGGUUGCGUCGGGGUCGUAUGACAAGACGGUGCGAGUAUGGGACGCUGAGACGGGACGUCAAAUCUGCGACGCGAUGACCGGACACACGGAUUGGGUGACGAGUGUGUCGAUGAGCGGGGACGGGAAACGAGUUGCGUCGGGGUCAGCUGACAAGACGGUGCGAGUAUGGGACGCUGAGACGGGACGUCAAAUCGGCGACACGAUGACCGGACACACGGCUUUUGUGAGGAGUGUGUCGAUGAGCGGGGACGGGAAACGGGUUGCGUCGGGGUCAGAAGACAAGACGGUGCGAGUAUGGGACGCUGAGACGGGACGUCAAAUCGGUGACACGAUGACCGGACACACGGAUGAGGUGACGAGUGUGUCGAUGAGCGGGGACGGGAAACGGGUUGCGUCGGGGUCACGUGACGAGGCGGUGCGAGCAUGGGACGCUGACACGGGACGUCAAAUCGGCGACGCUAUUACCGAACACACGGAUGAAGUAACGAGCGUGUGGAUGAGUGCGGACGGCCAAAACAUGUGGUCAGUAUCGCGUGAUAGAACGGUUUGCCUCUGGAAAGUGAGGCCGGGUGCCUCUGACAUAGAGAAAAGCUGCGAAACGAAAGCUCAUGAAUGUGAAGGUAGCGUAUGGCCCUUGAACGCAUUCCGCAUUGAUAAGGGCAGAGCAUUUGUCGAACAGGGCGAUGGUACUAUAACCACUCUGGCAGAGUUUGGAAGUGGAUUGAAUACAGUCGCUCUAAACCUCAAGCGCGGGACUGUAGCCGUUGGCAUGAGGAGUGGUAUGGUUGGUAUCAUGACGGUUGUGAGUCCGAUACAUCCGAGCCCGUAGGGGACAAGGUCGUCGCCGCAUCUCGAAAGGAGUGUCGUAUCGCACUAGGAAGUGGCUGUGGAGGUGACGCAAUUUGUAACGCCUUGGCUUGUUCCAUUCUCCACAUAUGUUGAUAGUGAUAACAAGCAUGACAUGCACAAACUAAAUCUUCACAUCGCAUUCCGCCUCGUCAGUGUUGAAGUGAAACUCCGUG